AUGAAGCCCAAGAUCGGAGGCCGCGUAUGGCGGGGCAAGACCCUCGGUGAUAAGGACAUAAAUACGGCGUCAGCAGCGGCCUACCUCGAUAAGAAACAGUUCAAAGGGUUUAAGAAUGACUGGGAUGGAAAAGAGAAUACAGAGCCAAACAUUGCCCAGAAAUCCGACAUCUUUUCCGAAGAAGCAGAUCUGACUGCAAUCCUCGAGCAAAAGUUCGAUGAAAGAAGUGGUCCAUUCUUGACAUCCGAAAACCUUGCCACCUUACAAAAUGAACUGAUAAAAAGGGAGGUAGAACAAUACUGUUGUGGUCAUCCCUUAUGCAGCAUUAAUAAUAGACGUCAGAUACCCUUACGCCUGUGGUUUCUUUUUGAGCUAGAGAUGCUGGAGGAUAGCGGAACCAACUUCAGAAACCUCUGCUAUCACAACCAAGUUUACCGAGAAAUUGACCGGGAGUGGAAGAUGCAAAAUCUGCUCCAAAAUCAGCAUAUACCCUCUGAUUGCGAAUUUUUUCCCAUUCAGCAACUGAAAAUACACGACAUCGAGCUUGACCGAAAUCAUGAAGAGUCCACUACAGGGAAAUUGCAGGCAGGGGUUGAAAAUCUCAUCGAGAAAGAUGAUCGUAAAUUACUCCCUACAUUGUUAUCUAAAAGGAACAUGAGAUCAGUCUUUGAUCACACCCCUGUAAGGGCAAGCAAGAUUCUGUCAACUGAAUUGCCAUCGGACUCUGCAGAUCUGCAAGAAACAAGCACUGCACAAAAAGAGAGAAAAUGCAUGCUACUUAAUAAGCUGAGUCUUUUACAUGGGUGCGAUUCCACUAAACACCCUGAUAAGUAG